CGUCGAACGCAGUAAAACUAAGAAAACAUAAAGUGAUAACAUUCAGAAGAAAUUAGUUCUAUUAUUUAGUCAGAUUGACAUUAAACUGUUUAAAAUAUCCCUCUCUGUUGGACUUUAUAAAACCGAAACUCAGACAUGUUUACGAAAAUAGUCUUGAUUUUCACGUUGAAUUUCUGUGUGAUAUAUUGCGAGGAUUGUUUGGAGGGGACGUACUUUGACCCGGUCACUGCAAGAUGCGACCCGUGUUAUUUCAUUUGUUUCAUGGCGGAAAUACAAGCCACUAUUGACCAAUGCCAUAAAUGGUGCCCAAAUUACACCGAAAAUGUCUCCACUUCUCGCGGAAUCCACCAGGUGAAGGCAGGUGGCGCCACAAGCUGUGGAAGGCAGACCACUCUGCUUAUCGCCGUGGUGUUGCUGCUCAUCACCGUGACGUCAGUGCUCGUGGUCCACGUGUGCUACACGCGUCUCAAUUGGAGACAUGGUGACAAGAAUGGAGCUAGCGGCUGGAGGACUUGUUGUAGAAAGGAUCUGUACCCAGACUUGGUCUCACAGACAAAUGCUUUUCUCACACCAAUAUAAUUAUAUGUGUAUGUAUUGCAUGGUAUAUCAGAUAUUCUAUGAUAGGGCCUACAUAAAAUACAUCCAAACAAUACCCUAAAUCUUAAUUUUAAACCCAAGUAUUAAUUUUCGAACUGAACAAACAGUCGGGAUUCAAAAUGAUAUUUUAAGAAGAGGAACUCGCGUCAGCACUACAUACGCUAAAAAGCAUGUCACCAAUUCAGUAAAAUCGAGAACUGCUAUGCCUGCCACAGAGAUGUGUAACUGGACUCAUGUGGUCAGUAAACGUCUGCAAUUUGAUUUGAAUCAGCAUCAGUGUAACAGGUAAUCCAGUGCUUGAAACGUGAAGAGUGCCACUAUACUUUAAACAAGUACACUUUUGUUUAGUCUAGCUAAUAAAUAACUUUAUAUUACUGUUGCCAGAUUCUCUCUCCUCCAUCUCCCCUCUGUGUCUUUGUGUCUCUGUCUCUGCCCCCCCCCCCCCCCUCUGUCUCUCUGUCUCUCUCUUCUUCCUCUGCUUCUUUCUCUGCUUCUCCCUUUAGACUAGGUACGACCCAAUUGUGGAUUAAAAUAAUAGUAAUUUUCAUAUUUUCAAUGCAUUUAUUUUAAUUUAAACAAUUAAGAUUUAAAAAAAUCUUAUUCGUUACUGAUGCAUGAGAUUAAUAAAAGUCGCAUUGGAUUUCUUGCAGGUUGUGUGCAACACAGAGCAAACGUCAUAGUUUACAUACCACACGUUUCUGUAGUCAAAAUGGACUCACAAACUAUAACUUAU